CCCCCAAGUAACGCAAGAAAGAGCCGCAACUCUGUCGAUUCUGUUCCCAUAUCUUCUCCAAAACUCUCCAAACUCUCGAAGGAAGUCUUCCUAAUUUCCUUCUGCAGAGGUUGGAGGAGGCUAACCGAUCCAUCCCCUGCCACUUCACGACCUUGCUCCUUGUUGAGUAUGGGUUCUGCAGCUGCUACGUUUCUGCUGCCUGUUCACCUGAAGCAGCACAGCCUUUGUGUUGAUCUGAAAAGGAGUCCCUUGUUAUUCUUCAGCAAACCAAAGAGAAGAAGGCAGUCCACAGCUCCGGUUGCGAGGCUAUUUGGGCCAUCAAUAUUCGAGGCGUCGAAGCUGAAGGUACAGUUCUUAGGGGUGGAUGAGGAGAACCACCCAGGGAAACUCCCCAGGACGUACACCCUCACCCACAGCGACAUCACCGCCAAGAUCACUCUCGCCAUCUCCCACACCAUAAACCUUGCUCAGCUACAGGGCUGGUACAACCGGCUGCAGAGGGACGAGGUGGUGGCGGAGUGGAAGAAGGUCCAAGGAAAGAUGUCCCUCCACGUCCACUGCCACAUUAGCGGCGGCCACUUCCUCCUCGACCUCAUCGCCAACCUCCGUUACUACAUCUUCAACAAGGAACUCCCGGUGGUACUGAAGGCGUUCGUUCAUGGGGAUGAGACCUUGUUCAACAACUAUCCGGAGCUGGAGGAGGCCAUGGUGUGGGUCUACUUCCACUCCAACCUCCCCGAGUUCAACCAAGUGGAGUGUUGGGGGCCGCUCAGGGACGCGGCCUCGACGGGCCCGCGCAAGGCCGGGGAGGCGCCCUCGUCGUCCUGGCUAUGCCGUCCGCUGCGGUGCAAAGCGGACUGCGACUGCUGCUUCCCUGCACGGAGCUUGAUCCCCUGGCAGCAUGACUUCCAAGAAGUGUGCCGGGAAUCCGCCGGCCAACCGCAGCAGUAAGAAUUCGCCGGUGGCCUUAUCAUACAAAAUCCGGUGAACGAGAUGGAGAUUCCAUCCUUAAUUCUUUGAAUUGAUGAUUGUUUGUGUGAGCCUGCACAAACUACAGCUCCACAGCAUGGUGUAAUUGGCAGGUGUAUCAAUGGUUUGUAAAAAGAUGAUUGUAAGGAAGGCGUGUUCAAUUAAACCAGCCUUUUCAUUUGA